AUGACUAUCUCCGACUGGCAACAGAAAGCUGCCGCGAAACAGGCCGAAGCGGCUGCCAAGAUUCCCAGUGAAUGGCGGUUGCCCGCAACCAUAUUGCAACAGGCUGCUGAAGAUGAGCAAGGUGUCUUGGCUAUCCCUCAAGGCUGCGGAAUCCUCACCCCCAAAGAACUGGCUAUCACCGAAGCCGCCGAUGCUACUGCCCUACGAGAUAAACUACUGACCCAAGAGGUCACGGCAGUGGAGGUUACGACUGCAUUCUGCAAACGUGCCGCCAUGGCGCAGCAGCUUACCUCCUGCUUAACGGAGACUAUGUUCCCACAGGCUUUGGCACGCGCUGAAGAGCUAGACGAGCACUUGACUAGGACUGGAAAGCCGACGGGCCCACUACAUGGCUUGCCAAUCAGCCUUAAGGAAACAUUCAAUAUCCGUGGCGUGCACUCCUCUCUCGGUUUGGUCGCGUUUCUCGACCGUCCCGAAGCCACCCAAAACUCUGCUCCAGUGGAAAUCCUUCUGGCUGCGGGCGCUGUCUUGUACGUCAAGACCGACGUACCUCAAAUGAUGAUGACGGCCGAUUCCGAGAAUAACGAGGCAGCAGUGGUGGGGAGGGCGCACUCUAUAGCUCUACGUGGAUCUCUCCUUGGCAUAGGUACCGAUAUCGCAGGCUCCAUCCGGAUCCCAGCCUUGUGCUGCGGCACAUUUGGCUUCAAGCCUACCCGACCAGGCGUGACUGACAUAGCGCCCGUGGCGGGACCAUUGUGUCACUCCGUUCGUGAUGCCGAGCUUUUCCUGCGGGUGGUCAUGGAGGCACCUGUUGAUGACCUCGACGACAUGGUGCUUGGCAUUCCCUGGACGGAAUUGGCUCCUCCAACUGCCCCGAACCUCGCCAUAGGGAAAGCGGUACAAAAGCUCGCAGCAGCAGGACAUCGUAUCGUGGACCUUUCCACCCAGAUUCGUUGCAUCGCCAAAGCGUCUGAUACGUCGUUCCGCUACUUCCGGAUUGAUCCCGAUCAAACGCAAUUGAAGCAGCAUGUCUUCAGCGGUGGAGAACCGCACAUCAAAUCGCUCCGUUACACCUAUAACUUGGAGCGUGGCGAUCCAGAACCGACGCUACGAGAUAUGUUCGAUCUCAAUGUGACACGAGCAGAUGUGGCGGAGCUAAUGCAUCGCGUGUAUGUGGAAAAUAACCUCGACUUGAUCAUCGGCGCCGGAUACCAGAACUGUGCUGUUCCUCAUGACACCUAUGGGGUUCCGGUAUAUACGGUCCUGGCGAACUUAGUUUAUUAUCCCGCCUGUAUUAUUCCCUUCGGACAGGCGAAUGAGGUCGCUGAUGUGGACUUCGUGCGCGAUGUGAACUAUGAGGUUGAAAACGCCCCUUGCCAUGUGCAGCUCACCGGUCGUCGACUGAAGGAUGAAAGGUUGAUGCAGCACGCCAAGGUCGUUGAGAGCGUCCUCGCGAAUAAAUUGGCGUGA